AGAGUCUCAAUAUGUCUAUAAAUAUGUCAUUCCCUAGCUAGCUUUUUGUGCAUAUGAUAGGGAAAACAAUUAAGACCCUAACUAACAAACAAACAAAAAAUGAGUAGUUUCCGUUGUAGAUCGUUACUUGUCGUAAUAAUUAGUGUGGUAGCAUUAUGGGCCUCAAAGCCCUGUUUUGCAGUGUUUCAGAGCAUCGACUGUGGAGCUUCAGAGUCCUACACAGACAAAUACUCGAUCAAAUGGGUGGGAGACGAUGAUUACGUUAGGAACGGUGAGUCCCGACAGGUGCAGUUCAGCAGCUCGGUUCCCAAUGUGUUCGGUACAGUACGAGCAUUCCCAACCCUCAGGAGAAACUGCUACAGGGUCCGAGUGGAUACAGGGGAACGGAUCCUGGUGCGGGCAAGCUUUUACUACGGAAACUACGACCGCAAAGACUCUCCCCCGACCUUCGAAUUGGAUUUGGACGGCAACUACUGGACCAAGGUCAACUUGACCAAAUACUUGAGCCUCAAAAUUGUGGAUUUCGAGGUGAUAUACACGGUAAGGAACAAUGCCACCAGCAUCUGUCUGACCCAAACGCUUCCAGGCCAUAUUCCUUUUAUAUCUACGCUUGAACUGCGAAGCCUAGCUCCCAAAAUGUACGGCCUUGUGGGUCCGGAUUAUGCUCUGUUCACGCACAAAAGGACGGCGCUUGGAGCAUAUCAAAUUAUCAAGUACCCAGAAGAUGGUUAUGACAGGGAAUGGUUUCCUGGAUAUGGUUUAGGAUCGGAGGAGGUGAGGAAUGAAGCCUUGUCCAUCGAUGUGAGUCCGGCACCAGAUAGUCCUCCAGUAGCCGCAUUGAGAAACGCAACCACUGCCAAUAACACAAUGGAGUACAUAAGAUUGGUCACCAAUUUGCCUGAAGAUUUCGAAGUGCCGGUGUACAUAACCGCCUACUUCUCGGAAGUGAUUGACUCAAUGAGGCCAACAGACAAGAGAUCGUUUCAGAUUUGCAUAGAUGACCAGCCUUAUUCAAAACCCAUAAUCCCUCCGUUUGGGAGCGUAGCCCAGGUUUCAAUCUACAACGUCACAGCUUCUUAUAACACUUCCUUCACUGUCGUUGCUACCUCCGACUCCACACUCCCUCCUCUCAUCAACGCCUUUGAGGUUUACAGUGUCAGUGACCCUUUGACACCCGGCACCCAUUUCAAAGAUGUGCAAGGGUUAUCGGCACUGCAAAUGGAAUUCAAAGUGUUGCUGACAUGGACUGGUGAUCCCUGUCUUCCAUCACCCUAUUCCUGGGAAUGGGUUGUAUGUAGCAAAGACCCCAUUCCUCGUGUUGUUGCACUGAAUCUCAGUAGCUUUGGCCUUUUCGGUUCACUCCCAGAUUUUGGUUCCAUGGAUGCGCUUGUUACCAUUGAUCUGCACAACAAUAGCUUGAAUGGUCCUAUUCCAGAAUUUCUUGGUUUAUUUCCAAAGCUUAGACUGCUGGAUUUGUCUGACAAUAGAUUCAAUGGGACCAUACCAACCUCCCUCAUCACAAAGAAGAACUUGAAAUUUGUGGUAAAUGACAAUUGUCUAUCUGGAAUGACUUGUCCGCCGCCUCCACCUGAGGAAAACCUAACGCCACCAACUCCAUUAACAUCCUCUUCUCACUCAAAACCAGACGAUAAGAACUACCCACCAUCCCCACUCUAUCCCUCAGAUCCUCAUGCUUAUGGGGAUGUAUUUCAAACACCCUCUUUCAGUGCCAGCAACAAGCAAUAUUCCGACCUACUACUCUUAUUAUUGGGAGCUGCAACAAUUCAACUCCUCUUGCUUUCCUUUCUGUUACUCUGACUUUUUUUUAUUACAAUAAAUUUAGCAUGUUUUUAAGAGUACUGUUUACCGCAUUCAACUUUUUUUUUGGUACGUCUCUCUGUAUGCAUGUUGAGCUAUAUACUUGUAUUAUUCUU